GAGUCACGCUAUAGGGCAGGCAGGUCGCUUUACAACCGACGUAUUUUCUCCUCCUAUAUUUACUUAAGGGAGUAUUUUUUCAAAGCGAUUAAAAGUGGCUCAAAAAAUAAAAUAAAUUUAAAAAAAAGAAAAGAAAAAAGAAAGAAAAUAAAAACACCUAGAAGAACUUUCCCCAAUUCCAAAAGACGGAAACUUGGUGAGACUGAGUCGGCUUAGAAACUCGUGGCGACAAGCGCUCCUGACCCAAAAUGAGAGCCAGCUGGAGACUCCGGAAAAGGUAAAAAGCACACGAACUUAAAUUUCAUCAAUGAAAGAGGCGGACCUACAGCGGCUACUUCACCGCCCCCCAGUCCCCACGCCCUCCGAGGCUGGACUGCAGGAGGCAUUGGGAGGCCGCACCCCUAGCUGCCCCCUCCCAGGCGCCGCCGUCCAGCCCCCAGCCGCUUCCCAGGAAAACCCCGGUCAACAGCAGCUCCCACUCAAGCAGGGGUUGGGGAGGCCGGCGAGGCCGGCAAGCGGGGGCAGUGCAACCAUUUUCACUAGCCAUAAAUAUUAUGGGACUAGGAGGCGCUACCAAUUCCAAGCUCCAGCUGGCUGACCGGUCGGGGCCUCAGCUCCCCGCCUUCCCGCCGCGAGCAGCGAAACCCGGCCGCAGCUUCUUCUCGGGAAGGGGCAAAGGCUAUGUUGCCCCUCCCCCGCAGCGGACACUAAGGGGUCACCAGCGAGGGGUAGACCCGUGCACCGGCCCGGGGGUCCCAAGGGAGGGCCCCGACGCUUCCCACACAUAUUCUCGCCGCGCCUGCCCUGCGCUGCUCAGAAUCCCAAAUUCAGUCUCCGGGACCACACAGCUGGCCCGCGAGAGAGGGAAACACACCCAUUCGGGGGGUCGCCGGAAGCCCAACCCCGCCCCUCCUCAAGCAGCCAGCGAGACCCACCUUCCUCUUCCUUUAGCAGCUGGGAAAUUGGGGGCGUUUAUGGCGCCCCGGGAAGAAGGCUCGCAGGCUGAGAAAAAGUCACCUCUGAGGCGCCCUUCUCUUGCUCUCCCCCUUCUCUCACACAUGCACGCCUUGAGCCCCUCGCUAGCAGCUGCUAACCCCCUCUGUCCACCCGUCAGCCGGCUCCCGACACCCAAAGCCCCCACUUUCUCCUAAACACCUCCCCUCCCCCUCCAUUCGGAGCGGCUCCCUCAUGCGGAAAUGUCCCUGCCGCACCGACCGACAGGCACAGCAGCCAGUCAGGAGCCGAGGCGAACGCACGGUCUGGCCAAUGAGACGUGCGGAGGUGGCAAGGGGCGGAACGUUGCGGCAAGUGGGAGUCCGUCGGAGGUGGGUCCUGAGCAGUACGCGGGAAUCUCGCGCGUGGGAGUAGUUCCUACGGUGGGCGCCGGACCACGGAAGCCUCACCAGUAUGUCCCAGUAAGGGAGAGCACCUGAGCACAACUGGUUAUUUUUCCAGUCAGUAAAAAUGUUCCCGCUGACUACGGACUGAAGAAAGCUCUGCGGAUGGCGGAGCUCCCCACCGCGGCUGUCCUGAGGGAACCUAGAAGCUUCUCAGAGGACGCUAGCGCUCCUCCUCACGUGCGGUUGGGGGAGGGUGAGGAGGGUAGGCGGUGGCCUGUUGAAGAAAGUGACAAGUGAAGGCUACCUCACCGGGACCACCACCAUCCCCCUUGCCCCAGUUCCUAAUCCUGUAGAGAUUUCUGCUGUGACAGGCGUUUACUUUUCUGAUCUACGUGAAACUGGCUUGUUACUCCUCAAGAGAUGCUUUUCUUUGGUAGAUUCUUGAAGUCCUCAUGGGAAGAGGAUGUUACACGGAACCUGACACUAGCCUUCAGACUAUUACAGGGCCAGCCCACGGCCUGUCACAUCACACCUGGUAUCGCCAACCCCACCUGUACCUAAGACUCAGUGUGCCUGGCGGCGAGUGCGUUUCAGACUUUACAUUUCCACUUUAAGACUCUAAAUAGCCUGCACCAGAACCAAAGAAUUGCCAGCAUCUUCUCUUAUGUGCCUCCAGUAAACAAGUACAGUAAUUACAGAAGAGUUUGAGGCUUUGGGCAACACUAAUCAACCAAGACACCGUUCUAGAUUUUUGAGGCAUCUGUGGACAAAACAAAGCACCCUGCCUUCAAGAGAGCCCACAUUCUAACAGAACAUAUUGACAUUUU